UAUGAUGAGAAUGGUUUUGAUAGGCAUGGUUAUGAUAGUUCAGGGUAUGAUAAGGAUGGUUAUGAUAUGACAGGAAUAAGUAUAAAUGGUCAGUUUGAUACAAGAAAUAUCUAUGAUAAUACAGGCUAUAACAGACAAGGCUAUGGUCGUGAUGGAUAUGAUAGUAGUGGAUUUGAUAGGGAUGGUUUUUAUGUGGAUUCAUACAAUCUAGAUGGAUAUAAUUAUCAAGGUUAUGAUAGAUCUGGAUUUGAUAGAUAUGGAUUUGAUGAAGAUGGAUUAUCUAGUACUGGAUAUUAUCAAAAUGGAUCAACUAAUAUGAAUAUUGUCACUUCACAUGUAGAUGUGUAUGACUCGUUUGGAUUCAAUAAAUAUGGUUACAAUAAACAAGGUUUUGAUCGUGAUGGCUAUGAUGCGUAUGGUUUUGAUAUUAAUGGGUUAGAUAAGAUGAAAUGUAAUUAUUAU